UUUCUCCCUGAUAUAAUUUACUUUUGUUUUUCAGAUAUGAGACAUGAGUGUUGGACGCAGAAGAUUAAAACUGCUGGGCAUUCUGAUGAUGGUAAACUUUUUUAUAUAUGUUAUUGUAGAAGUCUCAAAGAGCACUGGCCAAGAGAAGAAUUCAAAAGGACGUGUGAUAGUACCUCCCAAGAAGUUUUGGAGGAAAUAUACUCCUCACAAGGCGUAUUGGAAUAAGCAGCAGCAGAAGCUGGAACGCCUCUACAAUCCCAUUUUGGCAUUGCUUUCCAACAUGACUCCAGAGGAGAACUUAUCAUCGAAUGGUAGCUUUUUGAAUAGCUGCGAUCCUGAUCCGCUUGUCGCGGAAGAAGUUAACGACUUUGCAGAUUUGCCCGCUAGGUUUAAAGACUUCUUAUAUUAUCUGAGAUGUCGAAAUUAUUCAUUAAUAGUGGAUCAACCACACAAGUGCAAACACAAACCUUUUCUGCUUCUGGCUAUCAAAUCGCUCAUACCGCAUUUUGAUAGGAGACAGGCGAUCCGUGAGUCUUGGGGGAGAGAGGUGAAAUCUGGAGAUGUCACUGUUGUGAGAGUCUUUCUGUUGGGCGAGACCCCUCCAGAGGAUCAUUAUCCCAACCUCUCAGAUAUGCUCAGAUUUGAGAGCGAAACCCACCGUGACAUCCUUCUGUGGAACUACAGAGAUACUUUCUUCAACUUGACUCUGAAAGAAGUGCUGUUCCUGAAAUGGGUCAGCAGUACCUGUCCAGAUGCCCAGUUUGUUUUCAAGGGAGAUGAUGACGUUUUUGUGAAUACCCAUCAGAUCCUGGAUUACUUGAAAAGUUUAACCAAGGAUAAAGCCAAAGACUUAUUCAUAGGCGACGUGAUUAAAGAUGCUGGACCUCAUCGCGAGAAGAAACUGAAAUACUAUAUUCCAGAAAGUAUUUAUGAAGGCUCUUAUCCUCCGUACGCAGGAGGCGGUGGGUUCCUCUAUUCUGGUAAUCUGGCACUGCGAUUAACCAAUGCAUCUGAGCAGGUCCUUCUCUACCCUAUCGAUGACGUGUAUACGGGAAUGUGCCUUCAGAAGCUAGGGUUAGCUCCGGAAAAACACAAAGGCUUUAAGACAUUUGACAUUGAAGAGAAGCAGAGGGAUAACAUUUGUUCCUACACGAAUCUCAUGUUAGUUCACAGCAGGAAACCUCAAGAAAUGAUUAAAAUCUGGACACGUUUGCAGGAUCCAAAUUUAAAUUGCUGAGCCUGAUUUACGGGGCGUGCGUUACGUCCGACAGCUCUUUCCAGAAUUGGGUUUAAGCGAGUAAUACUCUUGUCUUUUGUCUGGAGGCUUCUCUUGCAAAUCAAAAUGAGCUAUCAACGGUUUAUCUAGUUCUUACGGAAAUGAGAGUCCAUCACAUUUUGAGGAUGUGGCAUGGAAACUGCAGCCCUUAACCUUUCUGCUGUCCAGUUCCUACGCCUAAUAAUAAAACAUGUAAUAAUUAUAGUCUUCUGAAGCUGUUAUUGUUUGGCCCUGUGAUAUUGAAAGUAUGGGUCUCUUAGUGGUAGAAGCCAUACGGGUUGUUUCUCUGCAAUGAAAUAUCUUUCAGCGAAAUAUCAGGAAAGUAAUUUCAACAUGAUUGACAAUCCCUAAGCUACUAACACUUCUUUUUGUUGUUGUUGUUGUUGUUUCCCUCCCACACACACACACUAUGCUUACCCCACUCCUGAACAGUAUUCAAUUAAAUGUGGUGGAACAGUCUUUGUGACAGUGUAUGUAAAAAUUCAAGCGAUCCAUCUACUUUUUUUCUCAGAGAAGCUGCACAACUUAAAAACUUGGUGUGCAAGUUGGGAGGACACGGUUUUGGGUUGUUUUUUAAAAAAAAAUGGAAUUGGCUAAUAGCCAAACACUUUCACCGGUUUCAAAACUUUGACUUAGUGGGCUUCGCGCUCAGUUGUUGUCUUUCUCUGUAAAGUUAUUUGUGCAGUUUGAUUUGAUUCAAUAAAUUCAUAUGGAACUACUUCACUGAUUCAGAAAGGUUGGGUGGCUUUAUGUGCAAGCUGGACUUAAAACCAGUUGCAUCGAUUUAUGUUUUUUGAGAUCCUAAGUGUUUAAAACCUGGAAUUUGCAAGGGGUAUCUCACAGAUCCGGAAGUUCUGUUUGCCAUAUCUUCAUGCGUGUCAUAUCAGACAAUUAACUUGGAACAGUGACUGCUUUCGUUACGUAGAAGUGCCUGUAUUUAUUGUUCAGAUUGAAGACCAAAACACUUUCUUAAGUAUAUUUUGUGUAAUGAUUUAUUUGUAUAGCCGUUGUUGAGUCAUAUUUAAGUAGGAAAAAAAAACUAUUUUAAAUGUGCUUGAAAUGUUUAGAUAGUAAAAAACAAAUUGUUCUUUGAAUCUGGAAAAAAAAAAUGUAAUUUAAAUGACGCUUUGUGAACAUCCCAGAGUUGUUUAGCAGCUCACACCGUAGCAAUCUGUGUAGAAGUUACGUUGGAGCUUAAAUUUACUAAAGUUCUGCAGUGGCCUCGUCUGACCUGCUUGUAAAAUUGGGACAUCACUUUUGUCCGUCAGCGCACUAGUGCGAUUCCUGUCAUUUGUGUCACUGCACGAGUGGGGAGCGAUCAAACUUGCGACAUUCGAUGUCCUUUUAUCCUGACAAAGCCCUCUUUCAGGGGGCGUAGCGUUGCUUCUUCAGAACCCCUUUACAGGGGACGUUUACCGGUUUGGUGAGAUGCUGUUCUGGCAGGACGCUCCUAAAGAGGCGCUUUGUGCGGUUGCUUUGUAAUUAAAAAUGACAUGGGCAGCUAUGCACACUUCUUAAAAGCACAUAUAACGCUUUUCUCUGCCUUUCUAAACGAUUGGAGCAGUGGCAUUUGUCUGCACUCAUAAAACGUUUAGCGAUCCACAGAACACAAAGCUUACCCGCAUUGUUGUUCUCGUCGUCGUAUCCAGAACGGUGUUUGGAGGAAAAUGAGUUAAAAUUUUAAAAAUCAUUCCAUCCCACUGAUAAGGCUGCAAGCUCGUGUCAGCAAGAGAAAUGUACUUUUCCACAUGAUUCUGUCCCUGUGUGCAUCUGUUACCUUUCUCUUGUUUGUCUUUCAUUUUUUUUUCUGUACUGAAUUUUUUUCUUGAAGAUCCUUCAGUUCCGAUCGCAUCCCAAAGCUCCAUAUUAUCUGAGGUUCUCUUAAAUUUUACGAAGAGAUUUUUUUAAACAAAAAAAACAAAAACCAUUUUGUUUCAACUCUAUUUUUGUAAGUGAAAUAAAAAAUUAUCUUUUUUGAAUUCCAAGAUUAGUGUGUUGCUGCCAGAUCUGGUUAGACGUGUUCCUGUAAUAUUCUAGCGCUUCAGAUUUUUCUACAUCUGCUUUAUUCAAUAUGUUCUGAUGUUGGCAAGAGCAGGAAUAUGUUAUUUAAUCAGCACGAUUUCUAUAAUUAAAAUUGUUACGUGUUGCGCAAGUUAAAAUGGUAGCCAGUCCCCCCUUCACAGCUGUGCCGUCUAAACCAAACAGACAUAGGGCAAUAUUUGGAGCAGGAAGGGAGUUUUCUUAUUAGUGUAGACAAAACGUUACUGUGCGAUUUAAAUAGCAUAUAACCAAAGCAAAUUGUUACUGAAUGAAGUAUCAUUUCAAGCCUCUGUAGUUUUCAUGGUCUUUUCCUCCCCACUCCCCUCCCCACAUGGCCAUUUAUAGCUGUUCGUUUGUCUUGACAGGUGAACUCGUGGUUUUUUCCCAAAACAAUAAAAUUAUUUCUUGAAAAA